AUGGCAAAAUUUCUUUCACGUCUUUUCAGUAGUAGUAGUUCGUCUUCAAAACAUCAAUCAGCUCAUGGCUCACAAUUAUCUAUUGGUGGAAAUAAUCGACAAGGUGGUGCAUCAUCAGGCAUGCGUUCUGCUUCAUCGCUUGAUAAUCUUUCGUCAUAUAAUAUUAAUCCAAAAGAACUAGACAAAAACAAACUACAUAAAGCAUCAUGGGAAGGUAAUAUUGAUAAAGUUGAACGUCUGGCACGACCAGGACAAAUCAAUGUAAAAGAUCAAAAUUUACGAACACCAUUGCAUCUAGCUGUUGCUAAAGGACAUUUAGAAAUUGUAAAAUAUCUUGUUCAUGAAGGUGCAAAAUUAGAUGUUCUUGAUAAAGAAAAUCGGACGCCUUUAGUUAAAGCCGUUCUUAGUGGUAAUCAAAAUCCUCAAGUAACUUAUGAAAUCUGUCGAACAUUAUUAGAUGGAGGAGCUGAUGCUUUUAUUAAUGCAGUUGAUGCUCAUGGAAAAAAUGCUUUACAUUAUUCUGUUGAAUUUGGACAAGAACGACUUGUUGAUCUUUUUCUAUUAGUUCGUAGUUCUGAUCCUAAUUUUCGAGAUCGUGAUCAAAUGACACCAUUACAUUUAGCAGUUAAACGAAAUAAUGUUAAUAUUGUUCGUAUGCUUUUAUCUGAAGAUUAUCAACAACAAGCUGAUCCAAAUUUAAUGAAUAGAAGCGGACAAACACCAUUACAUAUGGCAGCUAGUGCUAAUAAUCCAGAAAUAAUUCAAGCUUUACUUCAAUCAAAUCCGGAUGAACCAUGUGAUCCAACAAUUGUUGAUUCUCAACAAUUAACUGCAUUUCAAAUAGCACAAAUAAAACAUUAUGAUGAAUGUGCGAAAAUAAUUGAUGAUUAUCAACAAGGUUGGACAAAAAUUACACCACGAAGAAAAAUAUCUGGAUCAAUUAGUGAACAAGCUGUAAAUCAUGUUACAAUGGAUCCAUCACAACGUUUUGAAGAUGAUGAUGAUGAUGACGAUGAUAUAUCUGCAAGUGAAACAAGUCAAUCAUCGAGAUCAUCACCACAACAAAUAAAACGGCCAUCAAGUCAAUUUUCACGACAAACUAGUGCGUCAACAACUACAACAAAACCAGAAACUCCUCGAUCAUUAGCUGAUUUAAUCAAAAAUAAUCCAAUACAGCCCGAUUUACCAAAAACAAAUGUAACAAAACCCAAUAAUCAAAUAAUAUCAAAUCUUGCUAGUAAUAAUCCAAUAGAACCUGAUUUAACAAAAACAAAUAUAUCAAAAACUACCAAUCAAACAGUAUCAAAUCUUGUUAAUCAUAAUCCAAUACAACCAGAUGAAGUCAUUAAUAGUAAACCAAUUAUAUCUCAACAAAAACAACCAUCAUCUAUAUUUGGUAUUGGACCUUCACCACUUCAAUAUAAAGAUACUGAUGAUACAUCAACGAGUAUGUCAGUUGAAAAAUCACUUCGUGCUACUAAUCUUAUUGUUGGACAACCAUCAUCUGUAAAAAAAAAUGUAACAAUUAAUUCACUUGUUGAUACUAUACCACAUCCAGAUCCAAUUGCAUCAACUUCAAAUUCCUGGACACAUGAUACAGCAUCAACUCAUGAACAGCAACAUAUUGUCAAAGCACAGCGAGUCGAUACAUGGGAUUCGUCUUCAGCAACACAAUCUGAUAACGAUGAUGAUGAUACAGAUGUUUAUCAUACUAAACCAGUUAUAACAAAUCUUGUUAAACAACCAACAUUACCAAGAUUAGAUGGUACAGCAAUGUUUACCACAACAGUAACAAGAAAAGAUAGUAUUGAUGAAUCGAAAAGUGAUGAAGAUUCAAUUGAAGCUGCCGUUCUAAAACAUAAUGUACAAAAACCAUCAAAUGGUAUUCAAAAUAUAGUUAAUACACAAGUUGCAAGUAGUUAUACUAUGCCUAAACAAACACCAAUUCCACACCCACAAUCACCAAUAAGUGAUGAUUCAACUUGGUCGGCUAGAUCUGAAACACCAAAGAAAGAACCAACAACAAAAGGAAUUAGUUCGUUAAUUCAAAAACAACCAUUACAUACUCAAAAAAUCAGUGAAGUAAAUUUAGAUGAUUCUCGUCCAUUAAGUCCUGAUUUAAAACGAAAUUCAAUUAAAACAUCAAGUAGUUCAGAUGAAAGUGAUGAUAAUCAAAACAAUAAAAUGUCAACUAUUGUCAGAUCACCAUUCUCAAAUGAAGUUCUAACAAAUUUAGUUCAAACAAAUAUACAACCAACACAUCAUUCUGAAACUAAACCAACAGGUGGUGUUGAAAAUUUAACAAAAAUUAUUCAUGAUAUUAAACAUUCGUCGCCUACUCAUCCAAAACAAACAACAACAGCAUCACCAAAAUUAAUUGGUAAACUUAUUGUAUCACCUUUACUUCAACGGAAUGAUUCAAUAUCGUCAAAUGCUAGUUCAUUAAUCGAUGAUACAGUCCGAUCAUUAGCAAUGUCAGGUGCAGGAACUACAAAUGUAAAACAACAAUUAUACAAUGAGAAUAUGAAUGAAAAACAUUGGUCUUCAACAACAACAACCACAACAACUGAUAGACACGAUUUUGAUUUUCUGACAAGAAAUCAUUCCAAUGAAAUGAUUCAACAAAGUACUCAUCGACAAAUACCUCGUACAUCAAUGCAUCAUGAAUUUAAUAGUCUACGUGGUUCAAUGUCAUCUUCUACAUCAUCCAUUCAAAAUAAUAUGGAACGUUUAACUGAACUCAAAGAAGAUAUUAAACAAAUUGAACGUAAACAAGAAAAUAGUUUAGAAUUAAAGCGACAAUUAAAAGAUAUGGAAAUAAAAAAGAAUAAUUUCGAAGCAUUAUAUCAAAAAAAUGAUCAAUUAUUACGUGAAACCGAAUCAAAAUUAGAAAAAGAAAUUAAAGAAAAGCAACGUUUAGAAUAUGCAACAAAAAAUUUAAAUGCAGAAUUAAGAAGUAUCAAACAAAAACUUGAAUUAUUAGAAGAAGACAAGAAAUUAUUAGAUCAACGUUAUAUUAAUUUAAAAGAAGAACGUGAUAAUUAUGACGAAAAAUAUCGUAUACAUCAAGUUACAACUUUACAAACUGCAAAUGCUGGUGUUCUUCGUGAAGAAGAUAUUGAAAAAAUCAAAUUACGACAUCGCGAAGAAAUGAAAUUAUUAUCAGCUGAAAAUGAUGAUCUUCAUCAACGUACAAGACAAUUACAAUCCGAUUUACAAUUACAUAAAGAAUCACUCGAUGUAACAAUCCGUUAUAAAAUUGAUUUAGAAAAAGCUUUAGAAGAAAAAUUAUUUUUACAACGCGAAUUAGAUCGUUUAAAACAUGAAAAAGAUUUUAUUGAACAAGAAAAAACUGACUAUAAAGGCAAAUAUGAUAAUUUACAAGAUGAAAUACGUGUUAUACUAUUAGAUCGUUCUAAACUUGAACAAAAAUUAACACAUGAAUUACAAGAACAAACAAAACAAACACAACGUUCAACAGAUGAUAGUCGAAAAUAUAAAUCACAAAUUGAACAAUUAAAUCUUAAAUUAGGUGAUGCUGAAGCUCGAUUACUUGUCUUACAAACACAAAAUGAAGCAUUGAUAGCAUCAAAAGAUCGAGAAAUAAAAAAUGAAUUUGAAACACUUACACAACGUCUUAAUACAAUUGAAUCAGAAAAAUUUAAUGCUGAACAACGUUAUCAUAAUGAACGAAAAGAAAUAACAAGUAAACAACAACAACAACCAUUACCAACUUUACAAGAACCACUUGUUGUUCUUACAUCAGCACCAUUCAAUAAUCCCGUACAACAACAACACCACCAACAUUAUCAACAUUCACCUUCUUCACCUUGUGUAAAAUGUGAUACAUUACAACGAAAUUAUGAUCAUGAACGUGAACAACGUUUACAAACCGAACGAGAUAAUGAACGUUUACGUGAUACAGUAUCACGUCAAGAACAAGAACAUAAAAAAUUAAAUAGAACUUUUCAACAAUAUCAAGAAAAUGAAAAUGUCAAUUCUGAAAAUUCGAAACAAAUUCGUUCAGAUACAGAACGUGUUAAAUAUGAACUUGAUCGUCUUCGACAUGAUUUCGAUAAAUUAGUUUUACAUUAUGAACCACCAAGAAAUUUACAACAACAACAACAACCACAAUUUUCUUCUGAAACUGAUUUAUUACGUCAAUUAUAUGAACAAGAACUUCGAGAAAAACACUUACUUAUGUCAAAAUUAAUUAAUGAUGUUAGACCAUCAUCAUCACCAUCACCACAACCACAACAAUUACUGACGCCAACAAAAACAAAUAAUAAUUAUCAUCGACCACCACCAUCAUCAUUAUCAUCUUCAGUACAUCAUGAUCAUGGAUCAAAUGGUCAUUAUAAUUGUUCAUUAUGCUCAAAUAGUCGUUUACUUAAAGAACGUCUUGAAAAUGCGAUUGAUACAACUUUAGCUGAUCAACGUAUACAAACAAUUAGACAAAUACCUAUUUUACCAAGACAGACAUCAUCCUUAUUAACAACUAAUACUAAUAAUGGUACGUCAUCUGUGGACAUUCUACGAAAACGAUAUUAUGUUUAA